CCCUAAAAAACCUAAGCUGAGAUGGAACCGGAGGCGAUGGAGUCCGAUGUUGUUUUCCUUUCCGGUGACAAUGAGACCGCCGCCUUGGACGGGGACGACCUUGCUGUCGGCGUACUGUCCCGCUUCCAAUCCUCUUCCAACGACGACCGCCAGCACCUUUGCGCCACGGUCGGCGCCAUGGCUCAGGCACUCAAGGACCAGGGCAUCCCGCACACUCCCGUUGCCUACUUCGGCGCCACCGUAUCCUCCCUUGAUCGGCUUUCCCGCCACCCCGCCUCUGGCUCCGACCCUGCCACCGCUUCCCUGCUAUCCUUCCUCGCCAUCGCGUUCCCCAAGGUUCCUCGUCCCGUCGUCAGGAGUAGAUGGAAGGAGGUGUCUGAAACUUUGAUUAGGGUGCUAGGGUUUGAUUCACUACAGCCUGCCGGCGUCAAAUCUGGGCUGCGUUGUGCUUCUUAUUUACUCGCAGUUGGAGAUAAGGCGAAUUGGUCGGACUUGUCACCUCUUUACGAUUCUCUUAUAGGUUUUAUGACGGAUCAACACCAGAAGGUAAGAAAGGAGUGCCAUACAUGCAUGAGUGAUGUGCUGAGAAAUUUCCAGCAUCAUCCUGUUUUACUUAUAGCAAGUGAGGUUAUAACCUCCAACUUUGAGAGAUAUCUACUACUUGCUGGUGGAUCUUAUGAGGAUUCAGCUCCUUCAGAGGGCCCUAAAGGUGCUAUGCUGGUCCUGUAUAUCUUAAAUGCUUUGAAGGUCUGCCUUCCCCUUAUGGCAAUGAAGUACACAAAUACCAUUUUGAAAUACUGCAAAAAACUUUUGGAGCUGCAGCAGCCGAUUGUAACAAGAUGCAUAAUGGAGGUUCUUUAUGCCCAUUGCAGCAGUCCAACUGCUAGGGUUUCUCCAGAAUUGCUACAAGAUUUAUUGUGCUCACUAGCCCUGACUGUUCCUGAAGAAAAGUCUGCAGAUUAUAUGGCAUCAACAGCACGUUUAUUACACUUUGGUACAAGAAAAGUUUAUGAUCUAAACAAGGAGAUCUGCAUUGUGAAACUUCCUAUUAUAUUCAAUUCUCUUGGAGAUAUUUUAGCCAGCGAUCACGAGGAAGCUAUAUUUGCUGCUAUGGAGGCCUUGAAGGGUUUAUUAUGUGCUUGCAUUGAUGAAAACCUGUGCAAGCAAGGUACCGAUCAGAUAAAAAAUACUGAUGGAGGGUCUAGGAAAUCUGGACCUACUAUCAUUGAGAAACUAUGUGCUACUAUAGAAGGUUUUCUUGGAUACCGUUAUGAUGCUAUUUGCGACAUUUCAUUUCAGAUUCUCUCGACAACAUUCAGUCAACUAGGAGAAUCAUCUUACUAUCUAAUGGUUGGAGCUGUUAAAAGCCUUGCAGAUAUGCAAAAUUUAUCAGAUGAGGACUUCUCUUUUAGAAAGCAGCUUCAUGAGUGUCUUGGAUCAGCUAUUAGGGCCAUGGGGCCUGAAAAAUUUCUUACCAUUGUGCCUCUUAACUUGGACGUGGAAGUUGCCUCAGACGCCAAUGUUUGGCUAUUUCCAAUAUUGAAGCAACAUGUGGUUGGAUCAAGCCUGAUCUUUUUCUCAGAAUACAUAUUGGGUAUCGUUAAACGUUUGAAGCAAAAAUCCCUUGAGCUUGAGAAGGAGGGAAGGGUCUUUUCAGCAAGAAAUGCAGAAGGUCUUAUAUACGCAUUAUGGUCCUUGCUACCAGCCUUUUGCAACUAUCCUGUUGACGUUAACAAAGGUUUUAAAGCUAUUCAGAAGGAUUUGUGCAAUGCACUCCUUGAAGAACCUGAGUUGCGUGGAAUAAUAUGUUGCAGCCUUCAGACUUUGAUUCGUCAGAACAAUGACAUAAUUUCAAGUACAACCUCUGAACCUGAUGCUGAAGUAAGCCACAUUAGAGCAGAAGAGAAUCGCUAUAAGUAUAAUAAACAACAAGCAGAAGAAAAUCUGAAGGCAAUAAAAUCAUAUGCUUCAGAGUUUUUUUCAGUUUUAUCAGAGAUGUUUUUGAAAUCUCCCAAGGAUAUCGGUGGCUGCUUGCAGGAUACCAUCCAUGAUCUUGCAUCCAUAUCAGACAAAAGGAUCGUGAAGAACUUAUUCAAUGCUAUUAGUCAGCAACUGUUGAAGGUUACUCAGGAAGCUAUUAAAGCAAAACAGUUACAUAAUUCUGAUGAAACUCUAGAUAAUUUAUCAAAUGAAGCAUCACUAUGCCAUGCAAGGGCCCUCCUAUUGGACUUGGCAUCUUCACUUCUGCCUGGACUGGAUGAUACAGAGAUUUACUCGUUGCUCAAGGCUAUUGAGCCUGCUUUCCAGGAUGAAGAAGGGAUUCUACAGAAAAAAGCAUAUAAAAUUCUCUCAGUUAUACUGAAGGAACGUUAUCACAUUCUUUCAGAUAAUUUGGAUGAAGUGCUACAGUUGAUGAUUGUUUCACUGCCUUGCUGUCACUUUGCAGCUAAACGCCAUAGACUUGAUUGCUUGUAUAUUUUGAUUGUCCAUAUAUCAAAGGAUUUAUUUGAUCAUAAGAGGAGGGACCUAAUUAGCUCUUUUCUCACUGAAAUAAUGCUUUCGUUGAAAGAGGCAAAUAAAAAGACAAGAAACAAGGCUUAUGACUUGCUUGUUGAAAUAGGCCAUGUAUGUGUAGACGAGGAAAAGGGGGGAAGACAAGAAAACCUCUUACAAUUUUUUAACUUGAUUGCUGGUGGUCUUGCUGGUGAAACACCACAAAUGAUCAGUGCUGCAAUAAAAGGGUUAGCUCGUUUGGCAUAUGAAUUUCAAGACCUUGUUGUUGUAGCUUUCAACUUGCUUCCCUCCACAUUUCUUCUCCUGCAAAGGAAGAACCGUGAGAUUGUCAAAGCAAAUUUAGGUUUUGUCAAGGUAUUGGUGGCAAAAUCUAAAGCCGAUGGCUUGCAUAUGCACUUAAAGACAAUGGUUGAUGGGCUUCUGAAAUGGCGCGAUGACACCAAGAAUCAUUUCAAGGCUAAGGUUAAAUUACUGAUUGAAAUGCUUGUGAAAAAAUGUGGCUUUGAUGCUGUGAAAGCAGUUAUACCUGAAGAACACAUGAAACUACUAACAAACAUUCGGAAGAUUAAAGAGAGAAAGGAGCGGAAAUCCAAUUCUGAAGCUGAUGAUGAAUCUCUUGUAUCCAGAACAACCAUGUCGAGACACAGUAAAUGGAAUCAUACUCGUAUCUUUUCUGAUUUUGGAGAUGAAGAUUCGGAUGACCAUGCUGGUGAACAAGCAAUGACAAAAACAAUUGGUCGGCAGACAAAAGCUUCUCGUCCUGGCACAGGCAUUUCGUCUGUAAGGUCAAGCCGAAAACGCUCAACAGUUAAGAGCCUGCCAGAAGAUUUGCUCGAUCAGUCGGAUGGUGAUCCACUCGAUCUUCUAGAUUGCGAAAAGACAAGAUCAGCACUACGAUCCUCAAAUCAACUCAAAAGAAAACAAUCCUCCAUUGAAAUGCCAGAAUUUGAUGCUGAUGGUCGCCUUAUCAUCCAUGAAGAUGGUUACAAACCUAAAAAGGAUAGAGUUGUCUCAAAUGAUGAGGCAGCUACAAGAAGCCGCACAGAUGCUCGCUCUUUGCCAGCAUCGUCAUCAAAAUCUCAGAAAAAGCGACAGAAGACUUCAGAUUCUGGUUGGGCCUACACUGGCAAUGAGUAUACCAGCAAAAAGGCUGGUGGUGAUUUCAAGAAGAAGGAUAAGCUGGAACCCUAUGCAUAUUGGCCGCUUGAUAGAAAUCUGCUAAAUCGGAGGAAGGAGAGGAGGGCUAUCGCCCGGAAGGGUAUGGUGAGGAUAAUGAAAGUUACAAAGAAGCUCGAAGGGAAGAACGUAUCUGCUGCACUCUCUUUGAACAGAGCACCGUCGUUCAAAACUAAACAAAAGAAGGUUGGGAAGAGGUAAUGCGGUUCAUUGAUUCGAGUGAUAAGAAUUGAGUUGAUGUUCCAUAAUUUUGUUUAAUGUUAUACAUUUAUGAAUUGUAAUUCUUUUGUAUCGGGUUGUGGUAGUUUGUUCAAAAUUCCAUGUUCGGUUGUAUAAUUUAUAGUUUUGGCAUUGCAUUACUAAAUUAUGAAAUUGGAUUCUCAAGUUUCUUUUGGUUAA